AGAAGGCAACGUCAAGUGCCUGCGUGUCUCCACCACAACCGCAAGGGCCGCUAUACAAUUACUUACUUCUUAAGUAAACCGGAACCACCAGCUCUUAUUCCGCCUUCCUUUACUGUUGUUUUCAUUGAACAAGAAUUAGAUGGCCGACCAAAAUUAACCACGGUGUUUUAAAUAGUUAAACAGAAACACUGAACCUUGAACUUCCAACCUAAAACGCGUGUAAGUUUGUAAUAGUGUCUAUAUAGAGUAUGUAUAUACACGAAUGUAGACGAGCAUGUGAUAAAAACCACAACAUCGCGAGUUGCUCUAUCUCCGGGAAAGUUUUGUCGGCCCACUGAGUUAGUUUACACAUGGGCAGCUAGGUGUCUUUAACUCGCUGCCUCAGUCCUAAACAUCUUCUUUUCCCUGACUUUUAACAGAAUUUUCGUCACAAUGUUGAAGUCUAAAACGUUCGUCAAGAAGACCCGCUCGGGUGGAGUGAUGAAAAUAGUGCGUGAGCAUUAUUUGAGAGACGAUAUUUGGUGCGGGAGUGAAGCAUGCACUGAGUGCAAGCAGGAGUCCACGGAGUUGCUAAAAGACGCGUGCAUUGAGAGCAACCUGUGCUCUUUUCCUCAUUAUCUGGUCCCUGACACGAACGUGGUUCUACAUCAGAUUGACGUGUUGGAGGAUCCUGUGAUUCGUAAUGUGAUUAUCCUGCAGACUGUGCUGCAGGAAGUUCGCCACCGCAGUGCGCCAGUCUAUAAACGCCUGAAGGACAUCAUACACGAGAAAGAGAAGCACUUCUACACCUUUACCAAUGAGCACCACAGAGACACGUUUAUUGAACGUGAACCAGGGGAGACUGCCAACGAUCGUAAUGACCGGGCAAUCCGCGUUGCAGCCAAGUGGUACAGCCAACACUUGAAGAAGUUUGAGGCCGACACAGACGGUCUGUGUGUGGUUCUUCUUACCAAUGACCAAGGGAACAAGCAGAAGGCAGAGGAGAGCGGUCUGCUGGUGUACAGAUUUGAGGAGUACAUCAAGAGUCUGAUUGCAAACCCUGAGCUUGUGGAUCGUCUGGCAUUGUCCAAUAAUGACAAGAAUGAAAUCACCAGUAGUAAGGUGUUGACUAAAACCAGGCGGGAGCUGCAGAGGAAGAGGAGGAGGAAGAGGAGGAGGAGGAACAGAGAGGACGAGAGACGCAGCAAACACAGACACACAGAGGAGGAGCAGGUUCACCCGGAGAACCAGGACCAGGUUCAGGACCGGGACCAGGAGCAGCAGCAGGUGCGGGGCCGCAGUUCCGGAUGUAGGUGUUGUUUCAGCGCAGUUGUUGCGGGAAUGUGCGGCGGUUGGUGA